UGUAAUUCUUGGUUUCCCUCUGACUUUAUCCCAUCAGCUGAUGUUGUCACGAACAAGAGUAACGUGAUGUAUGAAGGCAAACACAUACACUUCUCAGAGGUGGACAAUAAGCCGUUGUGCUCAUACAGCCCAAAGCUCUGCAAGCAGCGCAGACUAAAUGGCUAUGCGUUUUGUAUCCGACACGUUCUGGAAGAUAAGACAGCCCCCUUCAAGCAAUGUGAAUAUGUGGCCAAGUACAACAGCCAGAGGUGUACCAACCCCAUCCCCAAGUCUGAGGACCGCAGAUACUGUAACAGCCACCUGCAGGUUCUGGGCUUUAUCCCCAAGAAGGAAAGAAAAAAGAAACAUGAUGCUUUGGAGGAUAUGCGCUCUCGGGCUCACCUGGAGUCUGUGGCUCUCAACAUAACUGUGCCCUCUUUAGCUCUAAAAACCCCCAAUGGCUUGGAUGAACUUCCACCAUCUCCCCCCUGUACACGCCUGUUACCCCUCCCUGAUGGGGAGCUCCUGGACCCUUUUGCCUUUUACGAGGACGACACAGAUGAUGAGGAGGUGGGAGCUCCUCGGAAGGCGAACGCCAUCAAGAAGAAACUGCAGAGUCGCGUGGUGCUCAACCAGAAGCUCUGUCAUGACACGGACCUCUUCCAGGCACCCUCUGAGCACUUUAGUCCCUCCCCCGUCUCCCGUGUUCACUCCUCCUCGCCGAUGAACACUCAUCUCCCACGGCAGCAGUCAGGUCUUCUCCAGCCACCCCAGCACUCCGGCGUGACUUCCUUCAUCUUCCCAGGAAAGCAGCAGGGUUUAUUAUGCAAUCCAUCACCACCUCAGACGGUCAACUUUCUGCCUCCGGGGAUGCCAGCUAAUGCAGCACCCAGUCCAGUGCAACCCUCUGGGCCAUCACUCAGCAGGAAAAUGCCUUUCACUGCUACUCACCUGCCUGUCAGUUGCAAGGACAGUGGCAGCAGCAGCAAUCAGCGGCAUGUGGUCGUCAUGCGUCCUGCUGCCUUCUCACCUUCUGCCAGCUGCCUGGCCAGGUUGCAACACCUGGUACAGCUCUGUGCCAAGAGACACCGGGAGCAUGGUGACCUCUUUCCUCAUCUAGGAUUGGACUGGUCUGAAGACAGUGCUGAUGAUGAUGAUGAUGACGAAGAGGAGGCUGUGACUUUUGUUCCUUUCCUGAGCCCUGGGAGACCCCAGAAUGGGCUUGAAGACGACAGAGGUUCAUCUCGGAGAACACGGCUGCUUCGGUUUUGCUCGUACCUCCGGGAGAAAUACAAGCACAUGUGCCGGGAGGAGAGGGCGAGUAUCCGCCAGAAGAGAUACCGCUAUGCCUUCCGCAAAGCCUUGAUGCACGCUGCCAGUAACAACCCUGACUGUGCCGGGCAGCUGAUCCAGGAGUUACGUGAUGCCUCUCGGAGCUCCUCAAGUGAUUCUCCGGCAAGGCAGCAGAAGACAGAUCCAGGGACCUGCACUGGCAGCACAAAGGGGCAGGCCUGCAACAACAGAGCUUUGCCCUUCACUCAACACUGCUUUCAGCAUAUUCUGUUGAAUCGUUCCCAGCAGCUCUUUGCGAGUUGCACAGCCAAAUUUGCAGAUGGUCAGCAGUGCUCCAUCCCCGUGUUUGAUAUCACACAUCAGACACCACUCUGUGAAGAGCAUGCCAAAAAAAUGGAUAACUUCCUGCGAGGGGAUGGGAACAGAAGAGUGCAGCACCAGCAGCAGCAACAGCGAAAGCCACGUAAAAAGACCAAACCACCGGCACUCACCAAAAAACACAAAAAGAAGAGGAGGAGAGGACCUCGGAGGCCACAGAAACCCAUCCCUCCAGCGCUGCCGCAGGGGAACCUGGGAAUGCCUUCUACAAGCCUUGCCAUGCCAUCACAAGCCAGCAUCAGGAGCCCUUCAACUCCAGACCUGAGCACAGAUGAGCUACCUGACGAUAUCACCAAUGACAUGGCAGACAUUCCUAAUGACCUCGAGCUAAACCAGGAGGAUUUCUCUGACGUUUUGCCCAGACUACCUGAUGACCUGCAGGACUUUGACUUGUUUGAAGGUAAGAACGGGGAUUUACUGCCCACCACAGAGGAGGCAGAGGAGCUGGUGCGUGCUCUGCAGGCUAUGGGCUCCUACCCAGACUCCCUGGUGUGCCUAACCUCCAUAGGAGACCUGGCUCCCUCUGAAGGGGUGGACCACCGUGCCAUGACGGUGUUCCCGGGUCCGGUCCAGCCGGGUGGGAUGGGGGAUCUGCUGAACAGCCGCAUCCCCACAGAGAACUUCACGAGCCUUGAGCUGGAGGACAACCUACUGCAGUCCACCGGGGGUCAGUUUCCUCCCUCACUGCCAUCUCAGCCUGCAAACCAGCCCCCGUCGUCGUGCUCCAACCUUACCUCAUCUGCUUCUACCGUAGCCCCCUCUGCCACCUCCCUGCUCACCCAGACCUCCAUAACGGAGCGAACGUUUUCCCGGACAAACGCGUCACAUGGGCUGACAAAGUCGGAUGCACCCACAUCCUCUCCUCAAGGCAGCCACUUCAGCAGUGAACAUGUGCCAUCCCCAUACAGUGACCACAUGUCCUCUCCCCAUGCCGGCUCCUUCCAGACAGACCCUCCUCUGCUGCUGGAAGUCCCUCUCAGUGGGGCACCAGGACCCCCGCGCUCAUCAUGGAACAAUCUCCCUCUCCCCCUCACCGACCCAGCGCAGUUUGGCAAUCUCAUAGGAUCAGAAAGUCAUCUCAUAUCCACCGCCCUGUCCACCCCCCCCGCCACCACCACACACUCUGUGACGCUGCAGCCCAUGGCCGCACUCUCAGCGAUGCCUCAGAGCGGCCUGACAGGCCUAACCACUCCCUCUGCUCCCUCGUCACAUGAUCUCCUGACCUCCACACAGCCCAAGCAGCAGCUCCCUCAGUUCAGCGCGGCCUUCGGCCAUCAAUUGGCCUCCCACAGUGGCAUCCCGAAAGACGUGCAGCCUAGCCACAGCUCUACAGCGCCCCCGGCUGGCUUUUCAAUAGUUAGUGCCACUGCUGCAAGUGCCAAAAGCGCCACACCCCCUUUUAAACAAAGUCAAUGAGAGCAGGCACCUUGCAGCAGCUGCAUUGUGGACUCACAGCAACUUAAAAUCCAGUUGACCCCCCCACCCCCCACCCUCCCUCUCUCUCCAUCUGCUACAUGUGUGCAAUGUGGUAAUCGUGCACUUUUUGACAAUUUGCACAAACCUCAGAUUAUCCUCAAUGUUUUCCAUUUCCCUUCUUUCACUCUGAAGGCAGUCGGUCUCUGGCAUUUUGAAGUCACUGUGAGUCCACAUGUUGGCUGCCUUGUGGUUUUCCUCUGCAGGGGGUUAAUGGUAACACUGAUGGAAUGAAUGAACAGGUGAAAAACAGGUGGAAGGACCUUGUGAGAGAUUGUGUCACACUCAGUGGUCCCUUUGCCACUUAAAAGUCCUGUCUUUGAUGAUCCACUGUACCCUUGCCUUGCUCAGAUGGCCAUUUACUUUCUCCACCUGUCCCUCACACUGCUUCUGUCACCCUCUGAAAAAGAAGAGUAUUGGUUGUGAUCUUUGUUACCCAUUAUGUUGCAAGCUAUUUAACUGUCAUCAUGAUAUAGAAUCUUACUAAGUCAGAUUUCACAUUCAUACGGAUUUACCAAAAUACUUUUAAACAGCUGUUUUUAUAUUGUGUAUUGUAUAUUGUGCUCAUUUAUUGGUUUGCUCAGAAGUCAAAAAUCUGACCUCACCAUUGGUUGUGGGACUCUGAGUUGCCUCGUAGACACUUGAAGGUAAAUUUAGUUUCUUAAAGCAAUAAACACAUUAACAUAACUCUUGCAUCACAAGGUAUUGGUCUCAUUUCAUGUAGCUUCAUUUACUGAAUCUAGGAAGAAUCAGGAAGAUAUUUUGGCCUCUAUGAUUGUUGUAAACGUUUUAUUUUACAACAGUUUCUCUCCGAAGUAGAGCCUCUAGAGAUCAACGAUCAGGUCAGCCUAACAUCUGCUCUCGAGUGGAUUUUAAAGGCUAAUACACGAGUUUCAGUGUUAAUGUUUGGGGUGAUGAAGGCACAACCCAGGGACUUAAAGUGUCUGCUCUCAAAGGGGCUCUGUGGUCCACAUAUACAAUGGUCUUUAAAGACUGUCAUAGAUUAAGCAAAUUCAGUAUCAAGACUUCAAGGAAACUCAUUCUUAAAUUCCCACUGAAGGUGACGUUGGAAUUUAAUGUUUUACUCAAAUAUAAAGUGAUUUUUUUUUUUUUAGCUAAAUGCAAACCUGGGGUCUGAUUUUAACUCUAAAUGAGAACUCCUCACCUGUCUGUUAACAACUCACACAGCAGUGCGACCAUGGCUUUUAAUAGAUAUCAUUGAAGACAUUUGACGGAUUGUCAGACAUUGUUGAGUAUUAGGUAUAUAGAGUAGAAGUCUCUAUCUUGGGGUUUGUUGGUGAAUUAUUGAGUAGCAAUGGAUUAAAAUUUUUAUUUGCAAUGUAUUCAGUGGAACACGUGUCUUGUGGAAUGAGUCUUGUUUUUUAAUGGCUAUCAAAAAUGCUUGUUAAGAUCUCUAUGAAGGUAGAGGGAUCGUUGUUCGUAUGCUGUCAGUUUGUUUUGAAGAAUCACCUGAUGGAGAAUGUUUUUGAUAGCUAUUAAACUCCAGGAAGAAGUCUGAGAUUGCAUGGGGCAGCAUAAAUAAUAUCAGUGUAUGAUUAUGGUCACUGGCUCGAUUCUUGGUGGUAUAAAUCAUAGGAGUAUAUAGACAUCACCAUUUCAUUUCCUGGAGAGAUAAAGUAUGUUUUUUUCCAACAUAAAUUUGCACAGAAGUGGCAGGAGGCCGGUAACAUUGGUGUUUCACGUCCUGUGUCUGUCUUGCCUUUUUUUUGUUUUGUUUCUUUUUUUGCUAGGACGCUCCUUAAAUGAACACCUGUCAUCACUGUGGGCUCUGAGAGCCUGCACCAGAACCCCCCCCCCCCCACCCCCCAAUUUCCAGCUGUGAGGAGGCCCAGUUGUGUCUCUCCCUUCCAAAGAGAAAACACAUUCUGAAGUGUAAACCUGUAGCUCCACCAGAGACAACAGGGCCUCUCAGUCGCUGCAGUGUUGCAACGACUAAUCGUUCACACAGUGCCCCAAAAAAAGUUCAAUUAAAACAAUUAUGGAUGGAUGGAGAAGUUUGCAAGUCGUUACUGCUGUAUCCACAUAGCAUGAGAUUAAUCACUGCACCAGUGUCCUCCCCCCCCCAAAAAAAUACAAAUCACGUAGAUCAAAACAAAAAACAGGGCUUGUAGGCACAUUUAACGGCUUGAAUUCAGAAAUGGCUGACAAAUUCCUAUACUCAUUGAAUGUACUGUAUUACUGUUUUUAAAGAUAGGACGAGCUAAUCUAGUCACCUUUUGUUAUUGGUCCUUGUUUAAUUUGUCUAAGGUAUUUUUUGUAUACAAAGGUUUACAUUUUUAUGUAUAUUUUCUUGUGUACAAAUGAUGUAAUAUGUGUACAAACACUGUAUGUAAUAUCUGUAUAUAGUGUGAGAAAUUGGAUCUUUUGUUUUUGGAUGUAUAAAUAAAACUUGCUGUGAGGUAUUUGCUGA